CUUCUUAACCGCUGCCUCGUUUGACGUAUGGUAGUGAUGAGUUGGGUUUUUUCUAUGCCUAUAAAACCUGCGUAAAAGGUCAGAAGAAAACUGGCUGUCGAGACACUGUACUCGCUCACAAAGAAAGACUCGACUGAGAUCUUUCUCCGAGCCCAUUUCUCACACAAAGGCUGAAUGGGUGCAUAGUGGGGGUGAGUGAAAGACUGAGUGAGCAAGGCCCCCUGCACCUUUUCACUUCUUUUGGAUGAAACAAUAGUCUUUGUCCACAAUGUCCCUCCAUUCUUCUUGCCGGGUUGGGGGGAGUGUUUCUCUAUAGUAACAGUGACAAAACAAGGCAGGCCCAAAUGUGGUAGCAGACUCGAGAAGGACUUACACACUUGCCGCUCAUCAGUGACAGUUUCUCAGUGAUUUAGGGACUAAUCCAGAAAGAGCGCCAGGGACAAGAGGGAAAAAAAACAUUAAUGUAUGACACUGGAGUAAAGAUGUGUGUGUGUGAAAGUAGUCAGUCCCAUGAGGAAGGGUAUUAGUGGAACCAGGGCGUCGUCUCACACAAUUUCAUUCACUCCUCUGGACGCCACAAUGAACCCAGAGACUCAGUAUGAAGACUCGGUGUCUAUUAUGGUUCUGGAGAACAUUAAAAACAAGCUCCGCCAUGCCUUCAGAACAACAACCGAGCCACGACUGUCCUUUGAAAAUGAUGAUGAUCUGAUGAGCACCGGCAGGAGUUUCCAGGCUAACGAAGAGCUACGCAGAGCCAAGAUAGACGGGGCGAUUACCUGGUUACGCUCUGAAUUGCUGGAGAUGCGCUCACAGGAUCGGCAGCUGGCUCAGACUUUGCUCGGGCUUAACACUGAGAUCCAAAGACUGAGGAGGGAAAGUGGUUCUCUUUUAUUCGACUCCAGUCACACAGAGCAGCAAUGAGAUCAGCAUGACAAGUGGAUAAAGAUGACUUCAUAUCUCUUUUACUUUUUAUAUCCGUAUACUUUUGAUUUUAACAUGAGGCAUGAGAGAUGUUAAUGCCAAAAAAAUGUGCAUUUACGUUAAAUAAGACAUUCGCUUUGUAUGUUAUGUGAAGCUUAUGUGAUUUUUUUUAAAGCUAUUGCCAACUUUUUAAGGUUUAAAAGUUCGGAAUGGUGCAUUUAGUGUGUGGUAUUGAAAAAUGACCACCAGUUAAACUCAUUACUCAGAUAAGACAAAGUUGAUAUGAAUCAGUGAAUCAGCUGAAUCAGACUACAUGACUCCUUUGCACCCUAC